UAAGAGAAUUUCACCUAGCAGAUUGUUUUGUUAAAUUUCACACGAAGCAGAGAAGACGGCUUAAAAAGAAAAGCAAUUUACAAGUUCGGACAAAAGAAUAACUUUGUACCGUACUUAAAGUAAAGGAAAGUCAGAUAGAGCCGCUGUAUAUCGCAUUAGUUUAGGAGAUCAGGCCCUAGGUGUUGCUAGGGGCAAUUCAUUCCGCUGUGUCACCCGUAGAGCAAGCAAGUGUGAAUGAGUUGUGCGGCUAGCUCAAAGGAAAUUACGACUGUUUAAACAAUUGCAUCAAGUCGGCGCUGAUUGGCUGAUUCAACGUCUGAAGUCUUGAUAGGUGCAAACACCAGGGUGCGUCCUGUAUGAAGCGAGGAUCGGGGAACACUGGUAGUAAAUCCGCUAUAUCUCUUCGAAGAGAGUCAUAAAAUCUACGAAACGAGGUCACAAAUCAAUCGGCUAGAUGACUUCAUACUUUUUGAACUCACUAUUUACGAAAUAUCAACCGGGAGAAUCUUGGUAUCCCAGCGGUUUUGACCCGGUAACUCCACAGAAAAACAGAUCCUACGAUACGACGGGACUUAACUUCGUCAGUGCCGCCGCUACGUACGGAGGCUACGACUGUAACAGCUCGACGCCUAGCGUUAAUUCAACCCCUCUCCCAGGAUCCUAUGGGUAUCCGGCGUGUGCAUUUAGCCAGAACUACAGUCAGGCCGCCUACCAAGACCAUUACAAUGGCUACACGGGUAACUUUGCUCCCCCAGCUUACAGUUGCAGCUGGAUACCCAAACCGAGUGAAACGGGAAGGAUUCGAACGAGUGGAGGUAACUCGUGGAUGGCAUUUGAAAAAAAUACCAGUUUUGAACCCUCUGACAGAAAGGAUGAUGAUGUCCAUUUAACUACAACAAAAGAUAGGACGGAUGACGAUGUACAACAGCAGUAUAAGGGACCUGUAUAUAAUUGGAUGAAAAUACCAGGCACAUCUCAGAUCGGUACGGACAAAAAGCGAGGACGACAGACCUACACACGAUACCAAACGCUAGAAUUAGAAAAGGAGUUUCAUUUUAAUCGAUAUUUAACGAGACGAAGACGGAUCGAAAUCGCACAGGCAGUUUGUCUAUCGGAACGACAGAUCAAAAUUUGGUUUCAAAAUAGAAGAAUGAAGGCAAAGAAAGAAACGUCGCGGGACGACUCGGUCGACUCGCCUGAAUCGCCGACCUCGGGGGAUGAAAAUGACGACGAAUGAAGCGCUAACAGAAUACGAUUAUCAAUCAAGCUAAAGUUAGGCCAGUAUAAUUUCACAAUACCUGCGCCCAAUAGUGCAUUGACGAAGUACUAUUUUACCACCAGUGGAAUGGUCCUAAUCCGACAGAGACCGUGUGCGCACGAAAUAUUAUAAAACAGUAGUUUGUGUUUGAUAUUAUAAAUGUAUAUUUUUAUCUCAUAUCCAUUUAAGCCUAUCAGUAAAACACAUGGGGCUUAUAAUAUACAAAUACAAUGUUAGGUUCAAGGACCGACACUAAGUUGAUAUUACGUGGAUCUGGAUGUGUAGGCCUCUCUACAUACCAGAGACAUGUCACUGAUAGUGUUAAUAAUAAAGUUAUAUUUCUCUAUAAUUUCCGAUUUUCAUUUUUGACGGUUAAUGAUUUUACAGUUGUUAAACAUGAUAUGAUUUUGUUAAUUAGAUAGAUUUUAUCAUUUAUCAUUCUUUAGGAGUUUUCAUUAAGUGCUUUACAUCAUGGUAAGAAAUUUUAUGCAAAUCAUUGAUAUUUAUUAACAUAAUGAUAAAUGUUUGAACACAUUUCAUCUAGUUUUUGUAUAGAACUAAUGAAUUAUAUAAUAACGAGAUUGUUGACUUACGAAACAUUUCGCCAUGAAGACAACAUGUCUCCCUUUAGGCUGAGAUUAAGUCAACAUCAACAGGGGUCUAACGGGAUUUCUUUUAGCAUAUGUCAAUACCGGUAAAUCUAUUACCAAUUUGAUAUCACUGUAAAGAAUCAAACAUUUGACAAUUUUUAACUAUAAUCCACAGCAUAAUACAAUGAAUAUCAAGAUGUAACAAUAAUAUUAGGUAUUGGUUGAUUUUCCAGCAUUGUCGUUUUUAAAAAAAUUUCUUCAUUCCUUUCAUACAUCGAUACCAAAACAAAUUAUGCUUAUAUGGUAUUGAAAGUAAUGAACCAAUAUAGGCCUAGUCCUAGAAAGAAUACAGAGACAUUCAACAUUCGGAUUGAAGUUAAUCGUUAUGAAAAAUACGAGGUUGGAAUAUAAAAUGGUCGUCCGAUAGUCCCGUGUAGACCGAUCUGAAAUAUUUACAAUCUGAGCUCACUGACUGACAUUUUGAAUCUGAUUGAAUCAUAAACCUAACGACCUACCUUUGAGGUCAAAGUUCCAAAUCGAUGGUACACAAGUGACUCGUUAUAAUACUAUAGGUCUAUAUUACAGUACAUGCUUUUACAAAUAACACACUUUGCUUAUCUAUCAGAAAUGUUGCUGAAUUUGGGCCAAAGAAGCUAAUUUUGGGUAAAUUUAAACAUUCAGUAAUAUAAAGUAAAUAUUUAUAUUAAUAUAAGGGCGACAUAUUAUUAUUAUUAUUAUUAUUAUUAUUAUUUUUGAAGUUUAUUUAUAUUAUAUCAAGGUGAACAAUACGCACUGCUUCUUUUCUCCGAACGUUUAGAGACGUACUCCAUGCUUUUUUUUUUAAUUGGUAAAAAUGGGCCACCAACAAUAAAGUAUAGUGCAUUGAUCUAAAUUGAUAUUAAAAUAAUGUGAUUACCAACAUUCAGGUUGCUUGUUGUAAAAUCCGUCGUGAACAUGGCUAAAUAAACUCCUGGUGUUUUUGUAUCUGUAUUCUCCACUAAAAAUACAUGGUGGCACCAAUAUCAUACUAACAUUAUUUUGACUGAUGAGGGUUUUAGAGGCACAAUACUUGCCCGAUCUACGCCGUCACCAUUCGCUGUACAUACUGCAUAUGGAUUUAUUUGAAUGUUGAGUUCAAUUUGUAUUGUAAAUAAAAGACGAACCAUUGUGACAGAA